ACAAAAUAAAACUAAUAAUAAACAAACCAAACUGAACUGACAACUCAACUCAAUUACUCAAGCCGGUUGGUUGAUAUGUUGGAUAGAGUGGAAAGUUAAAAUAGUCCCGUUAUUAACUCUGUUACUAAUACACUAAUUUCGUUCCAAUUUAUAAAUUAUUACAAUCGAUUCUUGUUUAAAAGAUGGAGGACAAAGUUGAUGGAGUGACAAUUUUUGUGUUAAGUUUUUAUGGUCCGAUUCUGACAGCAAUAUUAAUUUUGUUUGUAUUUUUGCUGUUUUAUGUAAUGAAGUUUCGAUCAUCAUUGAAGAAUGAUUCUUUUACAGGCCAACAUGUGGUGGUUACAGGAGGUUCUAGUGGAAUUGGGAAAAGUGUAGCUAUUCAAGCAGCAGCAAGAGGUGCUAAUGUUACCAUAAUUGCUCGAGAUCCAAAUAAGCUGAGAUCUGCUAAAGAAGAGAUUUCUCAGUCCUGUUCGUCAUCUUUACAGCGAAUUGUUACCAUUUCAUUGGAUGUAACCAGUGAUGCUGAGCUGGUGGCAAAAUCUCUCGCGGAAGUGGAAGAAGCAUCAGGACCAAUCUACAUGCUGAUCAAUUGUGCGGGACAAGCUGUGUGUGGAAAAAUCGAAGACACUCCUAUAAAUGACUUUAAAUACAUGAUGGACCUGAACUACUAUGGCACUGUGUACCCGACUAGAGCAGUUCUGCCAGGAAUGAAGGCACGAGGCAAAGGUCACAUUGUUAUAACUUCGUCUCAAGCUGGUAUGCUCGGGAUUUAUGGUCUUGCAGCUUAUAGUGCUUCCAAGUAUGCUCUGAGAGGAUUUGCUGAGUCGUUAGAUAUGGAGGUACGUCCAUAUGGUCUGCGAGUGACGGUUUGCCUGCCUCCUGACACUGACACACCAGGGUUCGAAAUAGAAGAGAAGAAUAAGCCGAUGGAAACCCGCCUCAUCUCCCAAACUUCAGGUCUCCUAUCACCGGAAGUCGUGGCUUCACAGCUACUUAGCGAUGCAGUUGCUGGUAAGUUCUUCAGUACAGUGGGUUUUGAAGGAUUUAUGCUCACUACUGUCUGCGCAGGGAUGUCUCCCGUCACGUCUGUUGUUGAUCUCCUAUCUCAGGUCACUCUGAUGGGUUUGAUACGUCUUGUCAGUGUCUACUAUCUUCUGUCAUUCCAGAGUAUUGUCAAGAAGUGUAUGAAGAAUAAGGAUCUUGCAAAGAGAUCAGAAUAAAUUCAAUCACACUCAUGUCAUUCAUCAGCAUUUUGCCAACAACUUCCGUUCUUGAGAGAGAUAAAUUCCUCAUUGGCAUUUAUAGUGAAUAGAAAACAUUAAACAUAAAAUAGAAGUUGAAGAAACUAUUCUAGUGUAGUAAUACUGUUCUUUUAAUGUACUCAUAGGGUAAUUUUCUAAUGGUAACGUAAUAUUUCAAGUUUUCUUUUUAAUAAUGCACAAUUACUAAUUUUAAAUCUUUUAUAGUAAGCAAGAUUCAUGCUUAGAUUUAGAAUUACAAAGCAAAGCAAUAUACUUAUUUUCAUGUUAUUUUCCUUAGUAUCCUUUAAUGUUUCUUGAGCAAGUUAUUUUGUAGGUUUAAGGUAAUUGGAAAAUAGUUAUAUUUGUUAACUUGAAACAUUCACUGUUAUAGACAUAUAUUUAGUGUGUAAAGAAGUAAUUAGAGCUUAUUGUGUGUUGUGAUUUAUCUUCAUGAAAUAUGUUUUCUAUUAUCUUUUGUGUAGUAAGUUAGAAGCUGGAACUAACAAAAACUAUUGCAAAUGUCAAACUAUGAAGUGUUGAUAAACAGUGACCAUGUUGUUGAUUUAUACUAUUUUAAGAAUUGUUAUAUUUGUAAUUGAGUUUAUGUAUCUUUAUAACCCUUCAAAAUAAAAAUAAUUUUGUAGUAAUUAUUUUCUAAAAAUGUUAAUAAGAAAAAAUAUAUUUCAAUCAACAAUUUUUAAGUUUUUAUCUAAUAAUCCGAUAAUAUCCAAUAAUGCCAGUUAAUAUAUCAAUAAAUAAUUACAACCAAUAUCAAUAUCGAGGUGAUACUUUUUUUUAUCGCAAGGUAGCAAUGAAUAAUUGAUCAUACUAUGAUGAAGACCAAUUUAGAAUAUUAGUUGAUUCACAGAUGACUUUGCUGUUUUCACGAAUAAAAAUAAAGAAUUUACUGUGAAAUAUUAACAUGAAUAUUGAACCUCGAGCUGCCUGUCAUUUGCUUUGUAACUGUUACACUUUUUUAUAGUCAUAUCAAUGCUUUCGCAAAACGUUUAAUAAAAUAAUUUUGUCUUGAAAGUGUAAGGAAGGAUUCUGUGUUAUUUAGUAUAAUAUAAUGCGUAAAUUGUUUUUAUAUUGAAACUAAGAAAUAUAAUACGCUGAAUCAAUUCUCUAUUAUUACUGAAAUGUAAACUUAAUUUAGUGAACUGUGUGUUUUCACACAUGGUUGUCCUCAAUCCUGGUAACAUUUGUUUUCCCAAAAUUGUUCUCAUUUUUAUUAAAACAUGAAAAGCUUUUGAAAAUUAAAUAAAAACUUAACAUUAAUUAUGUAGGGUAUCUGUAUAUAAGAUAAGGAAACUAGUGCUUCAGUUCACCAGCAGUGCACACUAAAAGACAGUCGUGUCCGAGUUCUGAUGCAGUAAAGAUCACACAUCGUGCAAAAAUGGUUUUGAGUUUUGGUCAUGGAAAAUGACUUUGAUAAUGGUGCGUUUUAUAAAACAGUGCUAUGCUAUUAAAUUUUGCUUUCACCGGUGCAAAACUACUUCUGAGACAUUUUUCUUAGAUAUUGCGAUUUACAUAAAUCCUGCUCUGAUAGACGCAUAAGGUUUUUGGUUGUUCAGUGAGUUAAAUAAUGCACAGGAGACAAUUGAAUAAAUAAAUAUGUGGCCAAACUAAAAAAUUAGUUACUUUUAAGAUUAACGAACAUUAAUAUAUCCUUGUGCACUUUUACGGAGCUGCCAAAUGUAAAUGAUCGUGGAUUGACAAUUGUUGCAAGUUUCACCAACCAAAUGUUACAUUACACACUAUCCUACUUCGCCUAGACAGUAGGUGCAGCCUUGCAGCAGCCAUCGUACAGUGCCAAUAUGAGCCCUGCAGUAUUUUUUCUGUCCCCAAAGCUGAAGAGUAGGCUGAAAGUUUACUGUUUCAAGAUGUUGCUGCUACACAAAUAAUUGUCACGAAUCUGUAAAUGGUUGUGACAGUUGAAUUUCAGGGAUCAUUUGCAGCGAGGGAAUUAUGUUGGCACUAAUGUGUCGAUGCCCAAGCAAACUUUUAACAGUAUGUACCAAUUGGAUGAAUAAUUUAUUUUUACCAGAUCCAGUCCCAUUGCAUUAUGGAAUAAAAUUGUAACAAGAUUUUUUUCAGUUAAAAUAUUAUUUGUCAUUUGUUUUCUUGUUUGUUUCUGUCAUUUUCAAAAUUCAACUUCUAAAACAGGCUUUCAAAUUUGAUUAACCAAAAUGUUUGUCAGCUCUCUGCAGCAAUUGUCAGCUUGAGGGUUAAAGAAGGUAACCGUGAAGAUAUUUUGAUUGGCUUUACAUUUAAUUUACUUGUCUGAGCCAUACAUAUAUCAACUAAAGUAGUACAUAUAAUCUCCAGCUUUCAACGCUUAGUUGAAAUUCCAUAUUAUAAAUCAGUGGCAUAACUAGGACAUGGUUUUGGGGAAGGGUAAUUAAUCUUAUUGAAGAGCUCACCACAUCCUGGUAUGCAAUAAAUGUAAAUUUGAUUAAAUUAAAUAGUCUUAAUUCAAAGUAAAACAUGUAACUGUCAUAUUUCCAACAAAUUGGAAGCUGCUAUACAAAUUAUUUUAGAGCUCUUUGGGAGGUUCUACACCUCUACCUCCUACAGUUACGCCACUGUUAUAAACGUAUGGAGUAGUAAGUAGUGGAAUCAUUGGACCAAAUAGUAUAAGUUGAUCAAUAAUUAUUCUCCUUGAAUAGUUUAGAUAGACUGCACAAUUUUAUACUAUUGUACCAAAAAUGUACUGAAGACUGAUUUAUCUUAUUCUAGUAUUUUAUUGAAAUGCUUGAUUAAGUGUUUUAUUUAAUAAAAUACAUUCUGAAGA